AUGGCCGGAAUUGCCCAAAGUCGACUGGCCGAAGAGCGAAAAUCGUGGAGAAAGGAUCACCCGUUCGGCUUCAUCGCAAAACCCUCGAAGAACCCGGACGGAUCGUUGAAUCUUUUCAAUUGGGAGUGUGCCAUCCCCGGUAAGAAGGACACUAUUUGGGAAGGCGGGCUUUACAAGAUUCGGAUGGUUUUCAAAGACGACUUCCCUUCAACGCCGCCGAAAUGUAAAUUCGAGCCGCCGCUCUUCCAUCCAAACGUCUAUCCAUCCGGAACGGUGUGCCUUUCGCUGCUUGACGAGAACAAAGACUGGAAGCCAUCAAUUUCCAUCAAGCACCUUCUCGUCGGAAUCCAGGAUCUUCUCAACAACCCGAACCCCGAGGACCCCGCGCAAGCCGAGGCAUAUCAAAUCUAUUGCCAGAAUCGAACUGAGUAUGAGAAGCGUGUGCGACGGGAGGCGGCCAAAUACAACGCGGAGCUCAUUCAACGCCAAAUGCUUGGA